AUGGUACAAGCCGUACCUUCAGGAGAGGCAGAUGCCUGCGCAGGGUGGACUGAAGUUGAGUCGCUGGUGAAGCGCGCGCGGGGAGCUCGUAGCGUGCAGGGAACCUCGUAUGCAGCGAACCCCCGUGUUUGUGUGUUGUCAGGUCACAAGUCUCUGAGCUCGUGUCCGUGGGUUCUGCUGGAGGAUCUGUCCAGUGUCUACACUGAUGUAGAAGUAGAGCGGAAGCACACACACAAGAAACGCAAGCUGGCCGACGGACGGGAGAAGACCAUGAGCUCUGACGAUGAGGACAUGUUGGCCAAAGAUUAUAUUAAUUAUGGAAAACUGAGAUUUUCAUGGGGUCAGUACCGGAAGGCUCUGUCCAGUCUGGCUCUGAUGUCGUCGCUACAGCUUCAGCAGAACCAGAACCAGAUCCAGAACUCUCUCUCCAGCUCCUCGAGUCUGGAGACGCAGCGGGCGAUCAUCCAGCAGGCCUCCUGUCACUACGCGCUGGGAGAGUACAGGAUGGCGUGUGAGAAGCUUCUGGAGGUUGUGUCUGGUCUGAUGCCCCAGAAUCAUGAAGCGGUGAAGAGCAGCGAGGAGCAGCGCAAACCCCGCGGCAAAACCAGGAAAGGUAACGAUCUGAGGCUCAUCCCCUGCACCAGUAAAUCCAUCCUUCCCUUCUGUCUUCAGCUCAUGCUGGCCUGUUUUAAGCUGAGGGCCUUCACAGAUAACAGAGACGACCUGGCUCUGGGUCAUGUGAUCGUUCUCCUGCAGUAUGAUUGGCCGCAGGGUGAGAAUCUCUUCCUGAAGGCGGUGGAUAAGAUCUGCCAGCAGGGCAGCUUCCAGUACGAGAACUUCUUCAACUACGUCACCAACAUCGACAUGUUAGAAGAGUUUGCUUACCUUCGCACAACAGAAGGAGGGCGGGUCCAGCUGGAGCUGCUGCCCAAUCAGGGGAUGCUUAUCAAACAUCACACGGUGACUCGAGGAAUCACUAAAGGCGUGAAGGAGGAUUUUCGGCUGGCGAUGGAGCGUCAGGUGUCACGGUGCGGAGAAAACCUGCUCACGGUGCUCCACCGCUUCUGCAUUAACGAAAAGAUCAUCCUCGUCCAAUCAUUACCCUGAGCGACCUCUGACCUUUAACCUAUGUAUCAGUCCAGUUUUGAUACUUUUCAGACAUUUGUGAAAUGUAUCAACUUUUUUGCAUCAAAUAUGAAGCUUUAGACAUGUUUAGAGUUGCAAUGCACCCAAUCAGAUCUCGGUUUAGGUCAUGGUUUUAUUUUAGGUAUUAAUUAACAAACAUGCAAAAAUAAUCAGCAUUUUCUUAUUAUUUGUCUGUAAAAUGCAGAAUUCAUUGUUAAAGCAAAUGCAAUAUGUUCACUUGUAUUGUUGUAAAUGCUUCACUAACUAACCUAGACUGUGUUAUCGCAGUCAUAUAAUUUUGUGC